UGAGCGUCGCCGGAGCAAAAAGGACGAUGAGGAUGGGAAGGGCGAAAGGCAGCAGAGGCAACAAGAUCAGGGGGCGCAACGCAGGAGGGGGGAGGGACAAGAAGGCACAAAUGCAAGAAGGUCACCAUCUCACCAUGACUCCUACUCCAAGGCUCCCAUGCCACAGUCAUAGCUCGAAGACGUUGCCUUGUCGACGACAUUCUGCAGAGCGCCUCUUGGCGGCUGAGGCCCAACACUACAGCCCUGUGUGCGGCUUUGCCGUCCAUGAUACAUCACACGCGCAAACAGAUCAACUCACCCAUCCACUGGCCUGCCUGGCCCGCUACGACAAUACUACCUCCGGCCUUCCUCCUGACCCUUUACACAACCUCGCCCUCCUCCUUCACCCCCAUACCACCCUGUCUCCCACUCACCUAUUCAUAAGCCAUGCCCGAUUCGAUAUGGGCGCCACGCUCCGCUGCUCGAGCGCAACCCGGCCACUUCAUACCUGACACCAGUUGCCAUCCUCAUCUCCUGUCUCCACGACUCCACCUCUCCGACCAUCCACCGGAGAUACCCGACUCAGCGCUCGCCAAUGGGCCGCUGAAGCCAUUUCGUCCGAUCAAAAUCUGCAUCCAGAGGGAUAGCACAGACGCUCUGGACGGCGGGGGCACUUCGGGAACAAUUGAAUUCCAGAACUUUCACAGUGCUGAGAAAGCUCUAGCGACCAUCUCGACUAUCUCCCUCUCCAUCAAUCCCCCCGGCGCCUAUCAGGUACCCUCCUCUGCCACACCUGUGUGGGUCCGAAACCUUCCCAUCGACGUUGACGAGGGCUACCUCUUCGACCUCUUCCGACCUUUUGGACCACUACAGAGUGUGCGUUGCAUCAAAUUGGGCCCCAGAGACGACGUCUUGGGUACCGCAAAACUCUACUACUUCCGAGAAGAAUCUGCACGAUUGGCUAAAAGCAUCAUGGACGGUACUGAAGUCGAAGGUCAGACCAUCAGCGUCACCGCUGGACCUACUGCUCCUGCUACCCAGCAAGAGACUACGCGCACUGCCCCUAGGAGUAGCCCUAUGUCGGCUGCCGCGGCACCCUUCGUACCUCGGAACAGCCUCCACAUGAGUCCACGAGCUCCCCAUCUUCCGCCCUCCCUGCCCGCUACUCCUCCCCCCAGGGUACAGCAGGAAGGGUUUCAAGCUCUCUUGGCUUCUCCCAACUAUAUGCCAGCGAUCCCCUUGCCGGCUCAAUUGCAUCCCAUCAACGGGCCUAUCCUGCCUGUCCCGGGUACCAAUCUCAAGUACUCUCCUCGACAAUCGACGUACAUCGAUCCUCGCAAUCUCUAUUGUAAGAAUCUCGACCACAGUAUCGACGACGAUGCUCUCACUACCAUCUUCCAAGAGUUUGGUCAGAUCGUCUCUGCUCGCGUCAUCACCGAUGACAACAGCAACAGCCGCGGACAUGGCUUCGUCAGCUUUCACUACGCCGAAGAAGCCGCUCACGCUCUCGCAGCACUCAAUGGUGCGCUCAUCCGAGGCCGACCGAUGUACGUCCGCCUUCAUGAGCCAAAAGAGCCAAGGAAGAACAAGCUCGCUAGACAAUUCGGCGUUGGUGGCUCAAGCGGAUCCCCAUCCGAUAGGGCAGGCACCAGCAACCCUUCUCAGCCUAACACACCUCGCCGUGGUCCAGCAAAUGAGCUUGCCGCUGCUGCAUCAGCCCAAGGCGACCGCGUACAGCCGCCAGGCGCAGAUUUGAGCAUGGACAAGCCUGAAGGCGUGGCGCCGAUCGCCCGCGAGGAGCGAGAGAACCCUAAUUGGCCAGGUCGCCAGCCCUAUCUCCGCAACACCUUGUUGGGACAGAUCAGCGUUGCACCAGCUGCUCUGAAUGGGACAGCUUCAGUCAGGGAUAUCGUUGACGCAUUGGCUACUCUUCAAAUCGAUGACCAGCUCCGCGCCAUGAUGAAUCCAAGUGUCCUGGAAGAGAGGAUCAUCGACGUCCACGAAGGCCGACUGGCUCCUCCCACCUUGUCAAGCAGGGCUGAAACCGCCCUCGGUCUUACUGGAGUUCCCAGUCCCCACGCUGAGGAGAAUCCUACUGCAGAUAAUGGUCUGACCACCGAAGCCAUGCCUCUCCCCGCUGGAGCGGGAAACGCUGAGCCUGCAGGCGGUCUAGAGUCUCAGAGCAACGCCCUUUCAGACGAAGAGAGAAAACAGCUGCUGAGCGCCGUUACCGGCGCUCUACCUGAAGGUUCUCCGGUUGAUGCCGUCACGGACAGGCUCGCCUCGCUGGACUGGAGGGAUCGAGCCUUGUGCCUGCACAAUGAUGAAUACCUUGUGCUUAAAAUUCGAGAAGCUGAGAGUGCUCGCAGCAUUGUCGCUGGCCCAGAGACUUCUACUGGUCAAGUCGGUGCUGUCGAAGCCAAAGGUACCGCUCUUGGCAUCUCACAACCGCCCACUGAGACUAGUGUGAAUCACCUUCAGUACCGCUCCAAGGCAAGCCAGACCGAAGAGUCGUCUUUCGUCAUCCCUCUGGAGACGCUCGCCGAAAGGAACUGCAGGGAGAUCAUAGCUCUUGUCGAAGCAGCCGCUGUGAAUGAGACGAUUGGCAUGGGCGGCAUCCACCCAUCCGAGCUUCCUCUAGGACCUGUGACCAACGAUCAACGACGCGAUGCAGCCCUCCGACUGCAAGGUAUCCUCAAGGAGCGUCGCCAUGUCGACCAGAAGCAGCGACUAGGCGAUAUUCUGUACCAUGAGAUCAAGGCUGCCCUCAAAAAGUCAAAGUACCCUUGUCAUCGCGGCUACCCUGCAAAGAUCACCAUUGCUCUUCUUGAAGAGGGCAUCCCGGCUGCAUUCGGAGACGACCAUGAUAUUGAUGAGAAGCAGGAAGAGCAGCCUGAUGCUGAGAGCACCGAGAAGGAGGACAAGGGCAAAGGCAAGGCAAAGGAGGACACUUCCGCGGUAGUUGUAGAGUCGGCACCUGUUGAGCCCACUGGUAGCACGAGUGUCAAGGAUGAGAAGACUUCCAUCAAGACUACAGAGGAGACGCCUGCAGGCCUUGGUACCAGUGGCAGCACCAACCCCACUCCCACUGGCGAGAAUGCAGACGACGCUAGCGAGGACCGCCCACCCAUCUUCCACAUCCCGGCGACUCAGCAAGUUCGUCGCCACCUGGACGCCCAGCAGCACGUUCUGGAGCAAGCAGAGCACUCUGAACAUUUCCGAAGCAUCGUACAGGUCAUUGUCUUCUACCCUGAUCUGUUCCGAGUAAAGGUGUUGAGAGAGGCCAGGAAGCUUGGCGCGAAGCCGGUGGGAGAGGAGUGAGGGAGUGAGUGAGGGCACGCAACUCGCUCGCUGCAGGAGGCAUAGAGGGAUGGAGGGAUGGAGAGAUGGAGGGGAGAAGGGAAGGAAGAAGGAGGAAGGAGGAAAGUGCAGAAGUCUUCGUUGUCGUCGUCGUCGUCGUCAUCAUCUUUAUCUAUGCCCCCUAGCUUUAGUCCUAGCAUGUCGCACCUACUUUGCAAUGUCUAUGCCCACUGAUCCAAAAAUAAAGCCAAAAAGGUCAGGAGUGAGAAGUCGAUAUUGAAGUCGAAGUUAGUGGAGUGGAGCGAAAGAGGGUUUGCUUAGAGGCAGAACUAUAAACGAGUAGAGAAAGAGAAGAUCGAAGGUCGGACGGACUUGAUUGGGUUUUGCACAUGACGAUGCAUGGUCA